AUGGAGAGGAGCCCUCCCGCUGAGGCGCGGCGCCUGCCGCGGCCCCCCAAGCCGCAGCCGCAGGGCGGCCGCAGCCCUGCCCCGCUGGAGCGCCCCGAGGCCGCCCGCGGCCCCCACGCCGUCCUGGAGGGGAAGGUGAAGGCGCUGAAGGAGAAGCGGGGCGGGCGGCCGGGCACCCCCGCGGCCGCCCCCGAGCGCCCCUCGCCCAAGAAGCCGCGGCCCCGGCGGGGGAAGGCGGGCCCGGAGGAGCCGCGGGCGCAGCUCCGCACCUACCUGACGGACGGGCUGCUGGACGGCGGCGGCAGCGCCCCCGGCCCCGCGCCCCGCGCCGCCACCGCGGGGCUCUGGAGGGUCCCGGGCCCCGGGGGAGACGUGCCGGGAGGCGCCGAGCUCCCCCCGGACGAGGGCAGCAGGUCCUGGCACUGUGUCCCCCUCCGUGAGAGACCCUCCCUGGAUGAGGAGGCUCGAACCCCGCUGCGGGACCGGGGCCGCCCCUCCGUGCCCGGCCCCGCGGCGCAGAGCUGGGAGAGGCUCUCGCUGGCUGAGCGGGUGGAGAGGAACCGGCGGCUGCUGCAGGAGGUGCUGGGCCUUGCCGCUCCCGAGAUGCCAGCGAGCGAUGGGGACUGGGACUCGGGGGUUUCGCUGCAGGAUGCUGAGGGCUGCAGCCCGCUGCGGGGCCGCAGGGCCUUUGUGGCCGGGCAGGAGCUCGAGCUGAGCCCGCGGCACGAGCAGGCCAAGCAGCUGCUGCAGCGCGCCCGCAUGAAGGCUCGGACGAACCCGCUGCGCGCCAGCCACGACAUCCUCCUCGUCCCCGCCGCCGUCCCACAGCCCAGGUCAGUGCCACCCCCUGUCCCCACGGUGUUCCCAGGCCCCCAGCCGGGUUUGGGGCACGUCCACGCCGUGUUUGGAGCGGGCACACGUGUGCAGGUGUGCGUGCGUGCGGAGCCGCGAUCCGACCUGCCGCACACGCAGGAGCCCAGCGGGAGGCCGAGCGUCGCCCCGCGGGACGGCGGGAGCCUGAGCGACUCGUCCAGCGGGGAGUCGAGCUGCGGGCGGCCGCGGCGGCCGCGGGGACCGUCCCCGUCCCGCGUCCGCUUCGAGGACGAGUCGGCCCGGGACGCCGAGGUGCGGUACCUGGAGCGGCUGCAGCUGCGGCACCGGCGGGCGCUGGGCUCGGCGGUCACACCGGAGCCGGCCGGCAGCAGGCAGCCGGGCGACGGCGCUGGCCAGCCCAAAGCCCGCAGCGGCGACCUCGUGGCCGGGGGCAAGUGCAGCGCCUGCGGCUCCUUCCUCGGUGCUGCCGCCGGCCGGGGCACGGACGCGCAAGCUGCCCCCGACCUGGCUAAAAGUAGCCCUGCGGCACAAAGAAGCGUCCCAGGGGAUAGCAGAGGGCCGAGCGCUGCCCAGACAGAGCCUAAAAUCAGGCCUCUGGGCCCCGGAGGGUCCCCGCUGUGGAUCCUACCCUCCCGGCAGCGCAUCCACACCGAGAAGAUCAAGGAGACCUACAUCGGGGAUGUCACCUACAUCGACGAGGUGGACUCGGCCCUGGAGAGCACGGACACCUCCGACGGCUGCCGGACGGACAGCGAGGAGGCAGGACCCCGCAGCCCCCACCUGCGGGGGCACCGGGACCCCCGCGCUCGCGGGCACAGAGCUCCCCGCGCCGCCCCGCAGCCGGAGGCGAGGGCCAGGAGGGGCACCUGUGUGGCCAGCGCUGGCCCCGAGGACGGGCGCUCGGCUCCGGGGCCUGUUUGCCCCCCACCGCCGGGAAGAGCCAGCAGCCGGGAAGAUGGGGAACCCCAUCAACAUCUGGGGGGCAGCAAGGGAGUGGGGAACACGGCUCGCCACCCACAGCAGCCCAGUGAGCCCCUGGAGCCUUCCUCGCAGCUGAGGACCAGCACCCCCAUCCCAGGCACCCACGUCCCUGCUCCCCCUCCUACCAAGAAGGCCUGUGCCCAGAUGCCUUGCAGGAAAGCCCUGUUGGCCAGCAGCAGCCGCCAGGCGCCGAGCCAAGGACUCCGGGGCCCGGAGCCGGAUGCUGGCAGCGCAGCCCCAGCACAGCCCGGGGGCACGGCGGCGCCGGCCGAGCGGCGGAGCCCCUGCAGCCCCAGGUGGCUCCCGGGGAGCCCCCUCCGUGCCUUGUCCACCAACAACUGCAACAACACCCACGGGCAGGACGCCUCAGGGACGGGCAGAGGGACACUGUCACACCCUGCUGCCAGCCCUGUCACCGCCGUGCCCCUGGAGGAUGCUCAUGCUGCCGGGGAAAGUGCCAGGACGUCGGGAGUGCAGCCACAGGGGCAGCUGGCCGGGAGCGUGGCACACGGGCUGCCCCCAAUCUCACCGUGCACCCCGAUGUCACCGUGCUGCAGCUCUCACGGCUGCCAAGGCGGGUGCAGGAUGCACCCCCAGCCCAGAGGCAGCUGUGGCCCCAGACACUCGGUGUGUGAGCACCACGCCUCUCCACCCAGGGAGCCGGGGCAGCCCGUGAGCCGCAAGGGCAGCAGCGCCUCGGCGUUGGGGCUGAAGAAGCUGCUGUGCAGCCUGAGCCAAAGCACCAAGCAGCGCCUGGGCCGCUUCCGCUGCUACAGCAUGGAGCAGCUCCCGGCCCCCGGCGGCUCCCCGCCAGGCAGCCCUGGUGUCAAGAAGUCACCGUCCCUGCAGUCUCUGCAGCUGGUGUCACCUUUCUGCCAGCCCCAGAAAGCUGCCUCUAUCCAGAGCCUGCAUCCCCGACUAGGAAAGGCACGCCGUGCCAGUGCCUACCUCCUGCCCCAGACCACGGGUGACAGGAAGGGGGGCUCAGGGCCGCAGCGCUCGCUGAGUGUGGAGGACAUCGGGGCGCCCGGCCAGCUGCGCGCCGUGGGGCGCGUGGUUGAGGUCUUCCCUGAUGGCACCAGCCAGCUGGAGCUGCAGCGACCCCCCGACGGCGCCUUCGGCUUCUCCGUCACCUCCGGCCACGGCCGGCCUGACACAGGUGUCUACGUGCAGGAGAUGGCGGAUGCUGGCACGGCCAAGCUCUACGCGGGGCUCCUGGGCGUGGGGGACGAGAUCCUGCAGGUGAACGGCGCGGCCGUCUCGGGGCUGGGGCUGGCGCACAUCCGCCAGCUGCUGCUGCGGGCCGACAGCCUGGCCCUGCGCGUGCUGCGGCACCGCCCCGCGCCGCGCUAG